AUGAACCCUCACAUCCUCCACUUGACGUUUCCAGCGCAAGGCUCCAUCAACCCAUCUCUCCAGUUCGCCAUAAACCUCGCCAAAACGGGCGUCAAAGUCACCGUUCUGGCCAGCGUCUUCGCCCACCGCCGCAUGUCCGAAGCCUGCUCCUCCGCCGAUGGCUUGACCUUGCGCUCCUUCUCCGACGGCUACGACGACGGCAUCAAACUUAGCGACGGCGACCACGAAAGGUUCUUCUUCCAGCUCGAAACCCGCGGCUCCGAAGCCCUGGCCGAAGUCAUCGCCGCCAGUGCCGCCGCAGGCAGUCCGGUGACAGCUCUCGUCUACACCAUGAACAUGUCUUGGGCAGUCAAAGUCGCGGAUUCGUUUCGAAUACCGUCUGUAGUUCUCUGGAUUCAACCGGCCACUGUUUUGGGCAUCUACUUCUAUUUCUUCAACGGCCAUGCCGCAAUAAUUAGAGAACUUGGCAACGACCCUUCAAGCUCCGUUCAGUUACCAGGCCUCCCGAAGCUCAGUGGCCGGGACCUUCCAUCCUUUCUCGACCCUUCGAGCUUGGACUCAGUCACUUUUAGUUCCGCAUUUCAGCGACACAAAGAUCAAAUUGAAGCACUGGAUGCCGAUCCCAACCCAAAAAUACUGGUGAACACGUUUGAUCGAUUGGAAUCAGAGGCCUUGAGAGCCGUUCAAGGGCUUAACUUGGUGCCGAUCGGACCAUUAAUCCCAUCAUCGUUCUUGAGCGGAAGAGAAACUAGAGAUCACCAUCCCUCCGACACUUCAUAUCUUGAGUGGUUGGACUCGAAGCCGGAGGCUUCGGUUGUCUACGUCUCGUUCGGAACCGUCGCAGUGGUAUCAGAGAAGCAAAUCGAGGAGAUGGCAUCUGGGUUGCUCUCAACCAAUCGGCCAUUUUUGUGGGCGACAAGAACUCCUGUGAGUCACAGAGAAGAGCUAGAAGAGAAGGGGAUGAUAGUGCCGUGGUGCUCCCAAGCGGAGGUCCUUUCCCACCCGUCUCUGGGCUGUUUCGUGAGUCACUGCGGCUGGAAUUCGACCCUGGAGAGCUUGGUCGCCGGCGUUCCGAUGGUGGGCUUGCCGCAGUUCACGGAUCAGCCGACGAACGCGAAGCUUGUGGAAGAUGAAUUUAAGACGGGGGUGAGGGCGAGAGCGAACGAAGAUGGAGUAUUUGAAGGUGCAGAGAUAAAGAGGUGCGUGGAGAUGGUCUUGGGAGGGGGCGAGAAGGGGAAAGAACUGAAGCGGAAUGCCGAGAAAUGGAAGGCUCUGGCGAAGGAAGCAGCUAUGGAUGGCGGAUCCUCAAGCUUGAAUCUGAGGAAUUUCUUCAUCGAUGGGCUGCUUCAAGAUCAAGUUCCACAGUAG